UGAGAGUAACUCAAAAGAGAAGACCUAAAUGAGAUUUAUAUAAUUAUGUGAAAUGUAUGUUUCUUGUUCUGUGCAACAAAGAGAAGGCUGACAAAAUACGAACUGGGUUGACAAAGCAGAGAAACAGAGUUUGCUCUCAGAUACACUUGAUCUCGCAGAACUGUUCCAUCCUGACACCUUCCUUAAUGCCCUGCGACAGGAGACGGCAAGAACCAUGUCUUGCUCAAUGGACAGUCUGAAAUUUGUAGCAUCCUGGAAAAGCAGAAUUACAGGGGCACAACAACAAGUCAAGAUUGGCGGCCUGCAACUGGAAGGGUGCAGCUUUGACGGAAACCGGCUUUCAGAGAACCAGCAUGACUCUCCCAGCGUGUCAGCAGUACCCCCUUGUUAUAUGGCCUGGAUUCCUCAGAAUGCCAGCGGGCCUUAUUCUCCUGAAGAGUGCAUCCCCUUGCCAGUGUACACCAGCGCAGAGCGAGUUUGUGUAGUGACAAACAUUGAUGUACCAUGUGGAGGAAACCCAGACCAGUGGAUUCAGUGUGGAGCAGCACUAUUUUUAAAGCAGCAAUAAUUUAAUAACAAAAUACAAGUUAUUUGUUAUAAAGCACUAGUGAUUAAUUCUGUCCAUGCUCUAUAUAAGUGUCUGUUUGUUCUUGGUAAUCUUACUUCCUUAGUCUGUACAAGACUGAAACAUAAUUGACAGUUACAAAUAUAUUGAAAUAUAUGUUACACAUCAAUAUGAACUAGCUAGCACUUCAAGUCCAUGAGUUUUACCAUACUAGUUUCACUAGUCAAGAGAAAAAGAAAUAUUAUAUUCUGUAUAUUUCUAGCACAUGUACAUUGGCAGAAUUGAAUGUAUCCUGUAUUUUCAUGUAUUCACUGUGUGUUUUGAGUUAGUAAAAAUGAGAGAGCAAUUAAAAAAAUAA